ACGUUUUCCCUCUCCUAAAUAUAUUAACUCUCUACACUUUCUCUGAAAUCAAACACCUCUGCUCUCUCUUUCUCGCUUUGUGAGUCUUUAAUGGAGCUUUAUUUUUCUUCUCUUUUACUCUUACAUUCCAAACUUACAUCACUUCUUGACGUUGCUUAGUCCAUAAAUUAAUUAUUACUUAAUUUCUUAAGCUAUUAUUACAUUAGGAGAUCUCUAAAUCGGAUUUUGUUUAGUUUCCGGUUCAGAAGAAAACGACGAUGUUGCAGCAGGACGUGUUUCAUCAGCAGGAAGAGCUUCGGAUUGAUGAUAUUUCGAGUCCGAUGAGUGCUCGAAUUUUUGACUUCUGUGAUCCUGAGUUGUUUUCGGAAACUCUUAAGAAUUCGGAGGUUACUUCUUCUUCAAAUUGUUAUUACCAAGAGAACUCAUCUUAUACCAACAACACCUCUCUGCCCACAGAUGCAGACAAGUUUAACCACGGCUACCAGGACAACACUAAUGCUAAUACUAACACAACCACGCCGGCCACCACCGCAACAAGCACCACCACCACGGCCACCACUAACAACAGCAACAACAACAACAACAGCUGCAACAACCUCUCAAUAAUCUUUGAUUCCCAAGAUGAAAUUGACAAUGACAUCUCAGCCUCCAUAGACUUCUCCCCAUCUCCUCACUUUUCUGUCAACCCGUUUCUUUCCACUCAACAAUACCAAUUUGACUUCUCUUCAGUGCAACCUCAUCAAAUCCCCAUAUCCGAUGUAAACGUUGAUGGACUUUCAUCACAGUACCAUGUUGAAGCCGUUGCGCUAAGUCUUUUAGGGCCUCACCAUCAACCAUUGCCAUCAGUUUUUGAAGAAGAUUGCCUCUCCUCCGUGCCUUCUUAUGUACCUUUGAACCCUUCCUCUCCUUCUUGCUCUUUUCUCGGGCCUGCUGCAAUGACCACAUACAUGCCUACUGGAACCAUGAGCGCCGCACUAUCCACCGAUAGCGGUGGGAUUUUUACCGGCGGCAUUCUUAGAGGUUCUGACUGGCAACUUCAGGAACUUGACUACCAGGGUGAUAAUGGUGGAAUUUACUGUCCAGAUUCUCUUCAGCGUGUUUUCAACCCUGGAGAUUUACAGAAGGCUCUUAGUGGAGACAGUCAACAACUGGUGGGAGGGGCGAGCAGUUCAACUCCUAUAGCCUCAGAGAUAUCAAGUUUGGAGGAUUCAACGUUUAAAGUAGGGAAAUUAUCGGUUGAGCAAAGGAAGGAGAAGAUCCAUAGGUACCUGAAGAAAAGAAAUGAGAGGAAUUUCAGCAAGAAAAUCAAGUAUGCCUGCCGGAAAACAUUGGCCGAUAGCCGGCCUAGAGUCAGAGGAAGGUUUGCGAAAAACGACGACUUCGGAGAGACCCUUAGAACAACUUGUAGCAAUCAUGAAGAAGAUGAUGAAGACGAAGUGGUGGCCAUCAAAGAAGAAGAUGAUGUGAACGAUUUGUCAACAGAUAUCUUAGGACACAUCACCGGCGUAAACUCUUUCAAAUACAACAAUUAUCCAAAUAAUUAUUCAAUCCAAUCCUGGAUUUAAUGCUGAUGAUGAAUGGAUAGUUUGUCGUCAACGUCAACGUGAAUAUAUAUCUCUACAAUUUUGGAACAAGACCCUAUUUCAGCGACGGUUUUCCUCAGCUGGAUUUAAUAAACACAAAAAAUAAUUGGGGGUUGUUAUAUUAUUAUGAAUGACUGAGUCAGGAUGCUUUACGUAGAAAUUAAGUGAAUAACAGCAUAACUCUUUGUAGAUAUUUUUCAUCUUCCAUGAUCGAAUUAUACGUCCAUGAAUGAACCGCCUGCUGCAGCAGCAGCUAGCAGUAAUAUUGAACUGGCUUCAAUGCUAGUUGCA